GGCGGUGUAGCACCACCCCCGACAGACGGGGCCGAGCAUGCGCCGCGGGGCCUGGCGGCGGGCCGCGGUUUGCGUGGGGUCCAAGGCGGAAGCGGGCGCUGCGUGAGGGGGCCUGUCCCCAUGGCGACCGCUGCGGAGGGGCUGCUGGAGGCCGGUGCGCAGCCCGCCAAACAGCCUGCUGUUGAAACAGCGGAAGAAGCUAAGGAACCAGCAGAGGCAGACAUCAAUGAACUCUGUAAAGACAUGUUCAACAAAAUGGCCACUUACUUAACAGGUGAACUGACAGCCACCAGUGAAGACUACAAACUCUUGGAAAACAUGAAUAAGCUGACUAGUUUGAAGUACCUAGAAAUGAAAGAUAUUGCUAUAAACAUCAGUAGAAAUCUGAAGGAUUUAAAUAAAAAAUAUGCUGCUCUUCAGCCAUAUCUGGAACAGAUCAACCUAAUUGAGGAACAAGUUGCAGCUCUGGAGCAGGCAGCUUAUAAAUUGGAUGCGUAUUCCAAAAAACUUGGCUGCAGAGUUGACUGUGCUGCUUUUGAGCAACGAACAUUGUAUGUGAAGUAAAGCCAAGUACAAAAAACUGGAGAAACGGUGAAAUUACAACAGUCUUUAAGUUGGAGUUGGGCUAUGAGUCAGACUGAUUUCUCUCUAAGUUACACAAUAGCAAUUCUGUAUGUUGACAAGGAUUUGGUUACAGCUAACAUCAAAGCUGAUAACUUUUUCUAUCUAUUGAAUACAGUAGGCUGUAUUCAGGCUUAAGGCUGAAUAAUAUUUUCCUCUUCUCAAGAGGUUCUGUUGCCUUAGUUGUUCUGCAGUGAAAAGUAGAAGCCUGUUCCUAACCGCUAUGUUGAUACUGGCUGUGUGUUAGUCCUAUGUCCCACAUGAAACAGUCUAUCUAGGAAAAGCCCUUCAUAACCUAUAAAGACCUUAUCCCUUAGUAACAGCAAGACCUGAACUUCAUUUUUAAGUUCACUGAGCUCUGUGUUGAGAAGAUACCUGGAGUUAUGAGCAUGGUAUUGAGAACACUUCAUUUUGGUAUCCACCUUUAUCUGUUUAAAAGAGAGAGACUAAUUAUUAUAAAUUUACAAUAAAACAACUUGCCGCAUUUGUCUCUCAUGAAUCACAAAUUCCUGUUGGAAAGAUUA